UCCACACACCAACUCAACUGAACCUCUAGUUCUUCCCGUCCUUUCUGGCGGUCACACUUUCCACAGUAUGAGCUGUUCAGCCAGAUGACCUUCUUCAAACAGCGUCUAGAUGCGUUUCGGGAACUUGGAGGAAGUCGAGUGCUCUGCGGGUUUGCUGUGUGUGACUGAGAGAUGGCGCCCAGUGGAAGGAAUCCGAGAAGACCCCUCGGGACUCAAAAAACAGCUCAGAGACCACCUAGCAGAGCAUCCAGAAGCUAGGUGAAGAGGAGCCGAGAGACUUUGCAGCUCUGUUUCCAAUGCAGCCUCCUGCUCAGAAUGGCUCUCAUGUUUGGGAAAGCUAGAACGUGCAACAUCGUGACGGUGCCAGAGCACGAGCCUGCGGAGUGCAAUGUGGCUGUUCUGGGAGCUUUGGGUUCUGGCAAAUCAGCCCUGACUGUGAAGUUCCUCACAAAGAGGUUCAUUAGUGAAUAUGAUCCAAAUCUCGAGGACACUUAUUCCUCAGAGGAGAUCGUGGACCAGCAGCCAGUUCUGGUCAAAGUGAUGGACACGGCCGACCAGGAUGGGCCAGUAAACUGUGAGCGCUACUUGGGUUGGGCGAGCGCAUUUCUUAUCGUCUACAGCAUUGAUAACAGAUACAGCUUCGAGGUGAGUCAGCAGUAUCUGGAGACUGUGACGCUGUACACCAAAGGCCUGCAGGUUGAGGCUCCCAUCAUUCUACUGGGCAACAAAGUGGACAUGGAGAGAUACAGACAGGUCAGUAAAUCAGACGGAGCGUCUCUGGCUGCCCGCUUCAGCAGUCUGUUCUUUGAAGUGUCCGCUUGUCUGGACUUCUCAUCUGUUCAGCACGUUUUUCACGAAGCGGUCCGUGAGGUCCGGCGUGAGGCAGAGAGAAGCCUGUCGGUCCGGCCACUCUUCAUCAGCGAAGACAGACCCACUAUCAGCCUCUCGGCCGCCCCUCCGCUCCUGCCUUGCUACAAGGAGCUGCCCACCCCGGCCACCGCCAAGCUGGUGACCGUCAAGUCCUCAAGAGCUCAGAGCAAGCGCAGGGCCCCCACACUGACCCUCCUGAAAGGAUUCAAGAUUUUCUAACUCAAUGCUGCCCCCUGCUGGCAAUGGGAGAUAAAUGGUUCAGAUGGUCCUCAUAGACUUUUUGAGUACCCCACAAGGAUGUUUCGCUUAAACGGCUCACUGAGUCGUAAAUACAACUUUGCUACAAUAUUAACACAGUGAAUCAAGCUGGCAACCAAAUAAUAACUUUUUUUUGCAAUGAGUGAUGCUAUUGAUCCAUUACAGUUAACAUACGUAUUGUAAACGUGAGAACUUUACCUGAUGACCUCAGUGCAAACAUGUCA